UUCGUCGUUAAAAAUGGACGAAGUCGUAGCGGUGGACGUGGAGACAUCUUCUGCUUCAACUUCAGGUAACCCAGUUCUUACUAAAAGACCGACGAUCAUAAGAGCUUCACCGAGAUCCGGGGCCACUAAUUAUGACGAGGACAAUAAACCGAGUUCUAACACCUCCAGUGUGGACUCAGUCCCACAGCCUGCUGAGAACAGUGAUGCUGUGAUCAAAAGGGCAUGCCCACCACGACCAUCCACUGGCCCCUCUAGAGCACCCUCUUUCCAGGCCCCAGCAAGGCCAGCCAGUGUGCAUUUUCGUAGCUCCGACUUCAGGUCUGCCCCCCGGCCAGCCAGUGUACAUCUACCACUGUCACAGGCACCCAGUGUCAAGGACAAACCUGCAACUGCUGGCAAACCACAGAAAAAAAGACCCGAAAUCACCAUAGUUUCUGCCAGGCCUCUCAGUGAGGUAGGAGGAUUCUCCAAAGAUACCUCUAUGCCAUCUGGCCCCUCUCCUGCAGCUAAAACAACCUCAACCACCACCUCCAAGCUCACUUUAGGAGCACCAGUUGCCAAGCCAACAACUGCGGCAGCAGAGGACCCAUCAGACGCAACCAAAAGCUAUCCAGUUCCCACACCGAGACGCGGUGUGGACAAACCCACUCCUGAAGCUGUCAACAAAAAGCCAGAGCCUCCUGGUGUAACCGGUGCAACUGCCAUGUCUGGUGCACCCCCACCUCUCCCUACCAACCGACCAAAAGGUCCUUAUGUGCCCCCUCCCCUGCCCAGCACCAGGCCCAAGGGAGCUUACGUUCAUCCCGGGUCGGUGUCCUCUAGUUCUGUUACAGAAGGGCAGGCCAGUGCUGAGCCGGCACCUGUUCCCAAGCCUCGGCCGCGAUCAGUUGGACCAGACACCGAGGACACAUCCCAGGGGGCAGUUCUGCUGGCGGCCCCGAGCAGACCCCCAAAGCCACUGACUCAGAAUCACGUGUCGGACGAGUCAUCCAAGCCAGCCACACCCAAGGACAGGGGACACGCUGACAGUGUCAAGCCCAUUCCCGUGCUUCCUGCGUCAUCAUCACCUGAGCUGGAAGGGAAUAGUAAGUUCCAUGUACGUGUAAAAUCAAAGUCUCCAGUGCCUGUGCAACGGUCAAGCCAAGCACCUGCAGUCCCACAGGUACCCCUGAAGCCAGCUGACAAGCCAGCUCUACCCCAUCCUAUUAGUGCCCCAAAGCCAGCUGAAAGACCGUCACUGCCUCAUCCAGUUGCUGCUCCCAAACCAGUGCAACAGCACGCGGACACUUCUGCAGCUGUUGCCACAGCACCUUCAGAUUCACACAAAUUUUCACAGGGCUCAGCACCCCCCAAGCCCACAAUGCCUCUUGUACCUCCUGCGUCAGGUCAGAAAUACUCCAGGGCUGACAUCCUGUCAUUGUUUGACAGCACAUUCCAAAAAAACUCCAAGCCAGAGAGCAGUUCAGAUGCCCAGAUGAAAGUUGCAGGUGCUGUUGCAAGGAACGCAAGCACAGAGGAUGCCCUGAAGUUUGGCAGCAAAGCCACUGCAGUAGCAGCAUCAGACAAAACAAGAUCCAGCAAUGAAGUUAAUGCACUGCAAUUUGCUGGUGCAGUUGCUCAGAACACGACAGCAGACGAUGUGAGUAACAUUAGCGGAGGGGUGCAGAUGCUGAGAAAGUCAGAGGAUGGCCAGAAGGCAGUUGGCUCAUUUUCUCGAAUUGCAAAAAGCACAGCUGCUGAUGUCAGAUCAUCAGAUUCCUCUUCAGGCGACCUAAAAUGGCAGGUAGCUAGCUCAGCUGCCAAGAACAUGACUGCUGAUGAUGCAAAGAAUAUUGGUAAGGCUGGCUUUUCCAUCGCGAAAUCAGAAGAAGGCCGCAAGGCAGCUUCCUCACUCUUCAGCAUCACCUCAGCGAGCUUGAAACAGGUGAAUCAGACCCAGUCACAGAAUACGCCUGCUCCGAAUUCUGCCGCCAGGGCAAGACCCAAGAACACCGGGCAGCAAGGCGGUCCCAGUCUAGGCAGUCUUGUGGGAUUAAUGCCUCCACCAAAGACGCCAGCACAAACUGCAGCAAAGCCAUCUACUUCAGGCCAAAGCAGAUCAGCUCCUGUGCCAAAGUUUAAGAUCUCAGCAGAGUCGUUUACUGCAGGUGCACAGCGCUCCAAACCCACAAUAAUCAGACCAGGAGCUGAGAAGCCAGGUUCCAAACCAAACAGCCGGACCAGUUCUCCUGAAACAAAGCGCAAAGUGCCACCUCCCAGGCCUACCAGUGGACCUCAGGGUAGAUCAAAAGGUAGCGCCCCACCCCGGCCCAAUGCCCCAAGCAGCCAGCCAAAGUCGGCCUCAUCAGCCAACCUAAAGCCCAAGCGACGGGCUCCACUCAGGCCAGAGGGUACAACUCCACAGAAGUCCUCGCAGUCCGAGUCGCUGCCACCCAGGCCAGGGCCUGGCCAUCCACUCUACAACAAGUACAUGGUUUCGGAGCCUCAUGGGAUUGCAUUGUAUGAUUACAAGCCAAUCCAGCCUGAUGAACUUGGCUUCAAGGCCGAUGACGUCAUCAUUCUAUUGCAACGCAUCGAUGCUGAUUGGCUGAGAGGCCGCUGUGGCAAUGCAGAAGGUCUCCUUCCGGCAGCCUUUCUGAAGAUUGUUAAGGACAUUCCACAGACAAACAGCAAGCCAAAUACCAGCGAGCCAUCUGCUGUUGCUGUGUACUGCUUUGAUGGCACCGCGUCAGAUGAGUUGACCUUCAAAGAAGGGGACAGCAUUGUGCUGUUGGACAGAGUUGGGGACCAGUGGUACCGGGGACAGUGCAAGGGACGCACUGGCAUCUUCCCAGCCAAUCAUGUCAAAAUUAUUGAGGAUCUUCCAGUGAAAUCGGUUACCUCAAGCAGCAGCAAUGUAAGCGGGCCGAGAUGCAAAGCCAAAUUUGACUAUGACAGCACCAAUCCUAAUGAUCUGACCUUCAAGGAGGGAGAUUUGAUCCAGCUGAUGGAGGAUGUCGGCUCACAGUGGCUGAAGGGUCAACUGCGAGGCAAGACAGGAAUCUUCCCAGAAUCCUUUGUGGAAGUCCUUGAGCCUCUGCCUACAGCUGCUAAGAAAUCACCAACUGUAAUGAAUGGCAACUCGGGUAAUGUGGUCAAGGCAAUGUUUGACUUUGAUGCUGCCGAGAGUAAUGAAAUUAGCUUCAGGGCUGGUGACAAGAUUAGGAUCCUGAGCCAGGUCAACUCAGAGUGGCUUCAUGGUGAGCUGCGCAGCGGUGUCCAGGGAAACUUACCCUCAGCCUUUGUGGAUCACAUCCCAGCCAACCUGCCGUCCUUCAGUGUAGCUGACAGUCCCGCAGAGAUUGGAGAGUGCGUCGUCAAGUUUGACUUUGAGCCGGCAGGCGAAGGGGAGCUAGCGCUGAAGGUCGGCAAUCGAGUCACUCUGCUUGAGUAUGUAGGAGAGGACUGGCUGCGAGGACGCAGUGGCUCAAAAGAAGGCAUCUUCCCAAAGACGUUUGUGGAAAUUGUUGGCAAAGGUGGUGCAUCCAGUGGAGGGCCCAGCUUGGGCACUUGCAAGGCCAUGUAUGACUUCAAUGCAGAGGAACCUGACGAGCUGACAAUCAAGAACGGUGAUGUCAUCGAAAUCCUGGAACACAUCAGUGCUGAUUGGAUUAAAGGUCGACUCAAAGGCAAGACGGGCAAGUUUCCCAAAGCCUUUGUGGAUGUUAGGUGAUGCGGCCUGCUGCACUUCUAGCCGGUGUACAUGAUGUACUCAUAUUACAAGCAAACAGUAUUUUUUAUUUAUCCUAUAUUUUUAUCCCAUAGAUGUGUAUACAUGUUUGAUUUAGGUUAUGAAUCAUAUGUGGCAUGGUUAUUAUUCAUCCUUAAUUUCAAGGAUAGGAGUGCAUUAAGUUCCCUUCCACAAGUUCUCAUUUUAAAUGAAAUGAAGUUCUUAGACAUAAAAUAGGCGUGGUGACUCUGACACUUCUGAAUCGUUUUGGAUUUCAAUGAAAAGUGGAGUCUCUGUGCAGUGUUACAACACCUAGUCUCUGAUUAUCUGAGGUAGUUCCUUCUCUUUUAUCAUUCUAAUCUUCCUUUUGUUCUAAUGUUUUGAGUGUUUGGUAAUUCCAGUUUUUGUUACAUCUCAGUCUGUUGGUUCAUCUUGUUUUGUUUUUGACCUUGUUUUGUUUUGACUGUAUUGUACUGCAGUUGUCUUUCUUUCAUGUACAAUCUGUUGUCAGUCUUCCUUGUCUGGUUCUUUUUUCUUGUCUUAAUAAGGCAUUCCUGUAUAAGACUUUGUCUUCUGAACGUGCUUCCGUAUUUGUUCCUUUUUUCAUUGCCUUAUGGUCUUAUAUAAUUUUCACUCUUGUGGUCAAAUUCUUUCCCUUAUUGACCUCAUGUCAAUAUGGAAAUAAAUGUUGAGGCAAAAAAAUUUUCCCUGAUGGAAAAAUCUCAGUAUGAUAUACCAUUAAACUAACUGUAGUGAUAAAUUUCCUGCUUGCGCGAGUUCAUAAAUGCAUGUAAAAUAUAUGCAGUCAUAAUGUAGGAUUUACUGCACGGAAGAUCUAGACAAUCAGUUUGAACUCAUGUUGGAGGCAGUCUGACUUUCAAACUGCUGUGUACUACCUGGAAUCGAAUCCGUGACGUCAGUGAAUCAGCUCAUUAAAACAAGUCAUGCUUUUGAGUUUGAAUCUCCUGUAUUGGAUUCUGAUUUGGGGUUACUCAAUCUUAAUCGACAUAUGUGACCCAACCUAAUGAAGUCAGUCAGAUGGCACCAGAUCCAUUUAUAAGUUAAAAGGCUUUCAAAGGAAUCUUUCACAGUGUAAAUCAAUAGAAAUAGGGUGUGGGAGGAUAAGGAUUUAUUUUAAGGGCUAAUUUUUUUUGGGGGGGGGCAUAGCAUGUAUUCUUGCUAAUAUUCAUCUGCCCAAUUUCAUUUUCGAGGAUCCGGUCACAUUAUCUUUCCACUUCUCAUUGUCAGCCAUGGGGGAAAGGAGUGUCAAUUCAUGUUGCACAGCUCUGGAGGUCAACAACCCAUCAGCCCAAUGUGACUCUCGCUGACUAAGAGCUGUUAUCCUAGCACUCCUCAUGCUUUAUCGCGAUUGUGAAUCAUUUGGUAGGGUGCAGGGGGGGUGUAAACGUGUAAUUGUUUAGACGGCUGUCUUGCCCAAGGCCUUGCAUGCUGUAACUUGUAUGCAGUCACACACAGAUACAUUAAAUUCUGUUUCCUUUGCUGGAAAUAUAAACAAAACAAAAGGCCAUUAAAUAUCAACACCUUCAUCUUGAUUAUAGGCACUGAGGCAAAAUCUCUCCCAAGCCAACUUGAAUACAAAAAGCACGGCUACUAUUGCUCUGACAUUUAUGGCUGAAACAAGUGAGUUUAUUAGCAAGAAACAAGUGCGAAAUCGCGGUGUAAUUUUUCAUUUUUUCUUUAAUUUAACUUCAUAGAUAAUAAGCAGUUCUUAAUACAGGGUCAUAUUUAUACAAUGUUGUCAGAUUUAAACCUACACUGCGAGUAACUAUCUAUUAAAUACAUUAAGAAAUGGCUCACCAAGGAAUUAUAACCAAUUAUUUACACAAAGAAAAGAUGUGCUUUACUAUAAUUGUUAACAGCUGUGCUCAAUUUUUUUUUUCCAAAACACUGUUAGUGGAGGGAAGUAGAAGGAACCUUGUGAAUCACAAUGAAUCAUGCAGAUGAUAUUGAAAUUAUAGGGUUACAAAAUGAUGAGACGAUAGAGAACCUGACGGGGUGAAGGGGGCUGGCAUUAGGAUGUGCUGUAUUAAAGAAACACAAAGCUCUCAUACAUGUUAUUCAAUCCUGAAUCUUCACUUACAAGAUCGGAUACCAUUGCUAUUUGCUAAUACAUUUAUUAAAAUUGAACGAUAAAGAAAUUUAUGCUGACGUAUAGUUUUUUUCCAGUAUAUACGUGCCCCAUCCUGUUUUGCCCAAAUUGAUUGGACUGCAAAUUAACAAAUAAAUUGCCGAGUGUUCUGGCUAACAGAUGAGAUUGCUAAAUUAUACCCAUAAAGUGAUGGUUAUUGAUGAAAGUCACGACUCUCUUUCACUUUUGCCAACAGUGAAUUACUUGUUCCAAUUUUAACCAUACUUGCCAUAAUGGAUUCUUCCCGGUCGAGGCAUUUGGCAAACUGCUGGCAUUUUCAGAUGCAUUUAGUUUUCAUUCUGAAGUGGCAGGUGCAGCGUGUCACAUCACAUACAUGUAUUAAGAGUGGCAGGAAAAUUGAAAGUAUACGAACGGUUCAAAUCUCAUUUUGCCAGGCUAAAGGUAUAUAUUUUUUGCAGAAUAAUUCUGUCCUUUGAUUUUAGGCUGUGAUAUUGUGCAUGUGAGCAAAUAAUGUGCUACAGGGAAUAAUCUUUUGUAAAUUUAGUUAUUAUCUUGUUAUAAACAGAAUAAAAAAUACCAAACUGAAAAUUUUUUGUAAAAUGUAGAUGCAGGAUUAAUGAAGGGUUAUUUUUUAUGCUUUAUUAAAAGACACUGGUAUUGGAUCGAGGGGAAUUGUUACUUUUUUUUUAUUUGUACAAUCUUGAAUUAAUGAAUUAAUUAUUGUCUUCUAGAAUGAAGUGAAGUUUGGUUGUUUUUGUUGUUGUUGUUGAGAUCAUAUAUUCAAAUGUAAAAAAAGUAUUUACUGGCCUGUAAUUGAUAUUUCUCUGAGAGUGAUCAGGUGAGUGAGUAUAUUCACAUUUGAAGACUUGAAAACAUCAGUGUCAUCUCUAGAGCUGUGUGAUCUUUGCAUCCAUGGCAAUCUCAGUGACAACCUUUGAGCAAAGUGUCAAGUCGUGUGAUCAUUUCUGAAAGUAGGAUUCUGUACAGUAGGGACCUUUCACCAUCUUGAUGCCUGAAAUGCCCGCACCACAGUGAAAUGCGCUGGCAGCGACUGUACACGUCUGGAUUCGAUUGUUUUUCCGUGCAGCCGGCCCCCCUUAUAAUAAGCGUGAACUGCAGCGCGAAGAAUGCGCGCCAAUUUGUAGGGGCCUGGAAGGAUAUAGGGCAGGUAUCACCAGCUGAAGCCUUUUUUUUUUAAUGGCUCUUGCAGCAGACCAGAGGCUUUGUGUUUUCUUAGUUUUGUAUCGAACCAGUUUUUAAGUUAUAAAUUUGCCACUGUUAUUUUCGUAAUUAGUUUGCUGCAAUAAACGAUGAUCAUGCUUGAA